GUGCGCAAGCGACGAACAGUUCGCGAUCGGCCGUCCUGUCACUCUCACCGCGGUAUCGAUCAAUCGGAAUCGAGAUAUCAGUGCGGUGAAAUAUGAUUGGUUAAUCCAAAUCUAUAAAUCGGUUACAUUCGAAAUUCGAAAUUUAAUUAUUUAAAGUGCCCCAAUUUUGUUGUAUACGUUUAAUUUAAAUUUGAAUUUUGGUGAAUUCAAACAUGAAUUUACAUGAGAACAUUCGUUUUGUGGGACAGUGAGAGUAUUUAAUGGAUUAGAUUUAGAGAAAGUGACAGUCUGGAAGCAGGGUUUGUUACUAAGGAGUGGUAUCACUGCCAUGUGAUACCACAAGACAGCUACCACGACGGAGAGAGACGGCAAAGACAAAAAGCGACCGAAAAGAAAACGAAUAUCCGAUAUGAGGGUUGACAUCCGCAGUUUAAAGUGUGCAUCUGCACUCCGCGCUGGCCUCAAAGCUGCAAUGUACGAAAGCAGCUGCUCCUACGCAGGAGCCUUAGAAUUAAAGAGAAGCGCAUUAAAGGAGGAGCCAUGGCCUGCCACAGAAUGGCCGCCUUACCGUCUUCAUCAGUCUACCUUCGAGCAGUUGAAACAGAGCGUGGAGAAGGCGAAAGCUGCCUUGCAAGACAGGUCAGGACUCCUGGGCACGGCUACUGCCUUCGGUGACUUCUAUGGCGGGCAGCUGGGCCAGGAUGCCACUGGCUCCACGCUCGGCUUUGGACGGACGGCGAGGACUGAAGAGUCGAUGCUCGGGAAUAUGGAUAAAAAUAAAACUAUUGGUUCAGACAAGCUGUCUGGUGGGGUCGGUAAGGGGUACAACACACCGACACUGUCGGACACGCUACGGGCAACUAAGUGUUCAGAUGCCUCAUACAAAAGUACUUGGUCUACUCACGCUACGUCACAAGGUUCGCAAGGCUAUGGGUCCAAUACGAUUUCAGCAAUGUCGAAGUCGACGCUUGACGCGCACUCGCACUUACGUCAGCCAGACCCUUAUCAAAUGUUUGGCCCCACGAGUAGUCGACUCGCAAACUCAGGUUCGGGCCAGAUACAACUGUGGCAGUUCUUACUAGAACUCCUGAGCGACUCCAGUAACGCCGGCUGCAUCACAUGGGAGGGCACCAAUGGGGAGUUCAAGCUCACGGACCCUGACGAAGUGGCCCGUCGGUGGGGAGAACGAAAGUCCAAGCCCAACAUGAACUAUGACAAACUCAGUCGCGCCCUCAGAUAUUACUACGACAAGAAUAUAAUGACAAAAGUACAUGGCAAGAGGUAUGCCUACAAGUUUGACUUUCAAGGGUUGGCUGCGGCCACGCAACCAGCGGCCAGUGACCCCGCUUACAAGUACCAGAGCGAUCUGUUCAUGAGCUCGUACCACCACUCGGCGAAGCUCUCGUCGUUCAUGUCGCCACACGCGGCGAUGCCAACCUCCACAGCAUCAAUAUUCCCGUCGGCGUCUUGGGGCAACUGGGGCGGCGGAGGGAGCAACUUGUACUCGCCCCACUCCAUGGCGCCUCCCCACGUGCCGUCACACCUAGGAUCCUACCCGCAUUAUGCAUGACCAAUUUAAUUUUAUCAUAAUUAUUUCAUUAAUUCAAUACGUCUUAUAAUUUAACGUAAAACCCAUAAUUUUCAAUUCUUUACUAUGUAUUUAUUGGCAGCAUAAAAAGGAAUAAUUUUAGUAUUAAA